AAGAUUGCAAAUGAAAACGAUAUAAACGCGCGGCAUCCCAUGGACCUGCGCUACAUGAAGUUCGUCCGGCUGAUGCUGCGUAUGAUCGACUCCUGGCCGCACCAGCAGCUGCGUGACAGCCAGCCCGUGCGCUUCCGAGACUCGCGCUACUUGUUCAUAGAGGGCGCUGGCGUCGGCAUCGGCGGCCUGUUCUACGUCCGGAGCCACUACAAGGUGGUCCCCUUCUUGGAAAUUGGGCAGACGUACUUGACUAUCUUUCUGAGCGUAGUCGCUACGCAAAGAGUGACUAUCGCCUGGUUCAAGUCAUUUCGGGAAGUAAUAACGGAAUUUGUUUUGAAAACACAUUUGUUCUACUUCAGACAUAAAACGAAGUAUACUGAAAAUGUGUAUCAACGUAUAAACAGACUCUGCUCAAUCUUUGUUGCUUUCGUCGCUGUAGAAAUAACAAUAGGAGUAUUUCGGUUCAACUUAAUGCCCUUCCUCAAUAACUACAAGAAGGGCAUGUUCAAUCAGGAGCUGCCGGCCGGCAAGGUGUUCGAGCAUUCCAUCAACUACUCCCUGCCGUACGUCGACUGCUACACCAACUUGAUCGGGUACAUUGUCAUGACGCUGAUCAAUAUAAUCUGCAGCUAUGACUGCGGCAUGUUUUUCUGCAGCGUUGACGUUUGUAUAGCUGUCAUCGUGUUCCACAUCUGGGGACACUUGAAAAUCCUCGACCAUCGUUUGAGAACCUUCCCGACGCCGGUGCAGAUGCGCGGCCACCAGCCUGGAGAGCCUGGAAAUGAUCUAAUGUAUACUAAGGAAGAAAAUAUGAAAGCUGCAGCUAUGCUUAGGGACAUCAUCGAGUAUCAUGGAAUGAUAAUGCGUUUCAUGACUAAAACAUCCGAGGCAUUUGGACCGACGCUGUGCUUAUACUACGUGUUUCAUCAAGUCAGCGGUUGUAUUCUCCUACUCGAAUGUUCAAGCUUGGACCCAGAAUCUUUGGGAAGGUACGCUGGAUUGACAGUAGCUCUAUUCCAACUUUUGAUCCAGGUUUCGGUAAUUGUGGAACUUCUUGGUACUCAGAGCGAGACCCUAAAGGACGCGGUGUACAGCAUGCCAUGGGAGUGCAUGGACACGAGCAACCGGCGGACGGUGCUGUUCCUGCUGCAUAACGUGCAGGAGCCCAUCCGCCUCAAGCCCAUGGGCAUCGUCUCCAUCGGCGUGCAGACGAUGGCCACCAUUAUAAAGACAUCAUUCUCCUACUUCAUGCUAUUGCGAAAAAUGUUUAAAAUUGAAAAUCAAGAUGAUAUCAACGCCCGCCAGCCCAUGGACCUCCGCUAUAUGAAGAUGCUCAGGAACCUUCUCCACCUGAUCAGCUCCUGGCCAUACAAGCUGCUGGGCGAGGACGUCAAGCCUCUACCCCUGAGAGGAACUUUCUACCUCUUCGUGGAAUGGGCGAUCGUGCUGGUGACCGGCCUUAUCUACGUGAAGACACAUAUCAACAAACUCAGCUUUUUCGAAAUGGGGAAUACGUACGUGACUGUCUCGUUGAAUGUGGUCGGCUUGCAAAGAAUUACAAUUUUCUGGUUUAAGUCAUAUCGGCAAGCGAUCAAGGAGUUUGUUCUUGAAGUGCAUCUCUUUCACCACAGGCAUAAGACGGAAUAUUCUGAACACAUAUAUCAAUACAUUUACAAGAUCUGUGCAGUUUUUGUGGUAGCGAUCCACGCUGAAACCUUUUUCGGGGUGCUCCUGUUCAACGUGAUGCCAUUCGUCAACAACGUGCGGCACGGCAUGUUCAAUGAGGAGAUGCCUCCCGACCGCCAGUUCGAGCACUCCAUAAACUACUCUCUGCCCUUCAACUACCACACGGACUUGGUGGGGUAUAUUGUGAUAGCUAUUGUCAAUUUGAUCCUGUCUUACGACUGUCUCCUGGCUUUCUGCGGGUUCGACCUGGCCUUGUCAGUGAUCGUAUUCCACGUGUGGGGGCAUCUGAAGAUCCUGGACCACGAUUUGAGGACGUUCCCCACGCCUGCUGAGUUGCGAGCAACCCGCGGCCGGCCUGUAGAUGAAAUGAGCUAUACUAAAGAGGAAAACCAAAGAGUUCGUGCAAUGCUUAAGGAUAUCAUCGAUCAUCACAGGCACAUAAUGCAUUUCAUGACUCAAGCAUCGGACGCAUUCGGGCCAAUGUUGUGCGUCUACUACAUGUUUCAUCAAGUCAGCGGUUGUAUUCUACUUUUGGAAUGUUCAAAAAUGGACCCUGAAUCGAUCGGACGAUAUGCAGCCUUGACAGUAACUCUAAACCAACUUUUGGUUCAGCUUUCAGUCAUUGUGGAACUUCUUGGCACUCAGAGCGAAACCCUUAAGGACGCGGUGUACAGCAUGCCGUGGGAGUGCAUGGACACGAGCAACCGGCGGACGGUGCUGUUCCUGCUCUACAACGUGCAGGAGCCCAUCCGCCUCAAGCCCAUGGGCAUCGUCACGGUCGGCGUCACUACCAUGGCCUCCAUUUUGAAAACAUCGUUUUCUUACUUCAUGUUCUUGCGAACGUUCAGCUAAAGUUUAUUUUACUUUCGUCGUCUCGAACGCGUAUCAACAUGCACGAUUGCUUCUCUCAAUGUAUUCAAUUCUGAAAAUAAACACGCCACGAAAUU